CGCUGCAGCCCGCACUCGGCCGCGUGCCCCUGCUGCCCCCGCGCCGCUCGCCCGUGCCCUGGCCACGGGCCGCGCCCGCCGCCCAACAUGGUGGACUACUACGAGGUGCUGGGUGUGCCCCGGCAGGCCUCCUCGGAGGCCAUCAAGAAGGCGUACCGCAAGCUGGCGCUCAAGUGGCACCCCGACAAGAACCCGGAGAACAAGGAGGAGGCCGAGAAGAGAUUCAAGCAGGUGGCCCAGGCCUACGAGGUGUUGUCGGACGCCAAGAAACGCGACGUCUACGACCGCUACGGCGAGGCCGGCGUGGACGGCGGCAGCGCGGGCGCAGGCACCUUCGAGGACCCCUUCCAGUUCGUCUUCACUUUCCGCGACCCGGCUGAGGUCUUCAAGGAGUUCUUCGGCGGCCGGGACCCUUUUUCGUUUGACUUCUUCGGAGACCCCCUUGAGAACAUUUUUGGGGGUCGGAGGAGCUCCCGGGGAAGCAGAGGGUCCGCACCCCUUUUCUCUACCUUCAGUGGCUUCCCAGCUUUUGGGGGUGGUUUUUCUUCUUUUGAUACAGGAUUUACUUCCUUUGGUUCCCUUGAAAAUGGAGGCCUUUCUUCCUUCUCCAUGUCUUGUGGCAGUGGUGGGACAGGAAGCUUCAAGUCCAUGUCAACUUCCACCGAAAUAGUUAAUGGCAAAAAAGUCACCACCAAAAGAAUCAUUGAGAAUGGCCAGGAAAGAGUGGAAGUGGAAGAAGACGGAGAGUUAAAGUCCCUGAUAAUAAAUGGCAGAGAGCAGUUGCUACACAUUGACACCAAGUAAUUCCCCUGGACUUAAAGCACAUUUGGGGGAAUAGCAGGACAUUUUUUUAAGACUGCAAGUGAAGUCUACUUUCAAAACAGCUGUACCCAAGAAUGUAUAAACAGUUCAUGCCAACACCAAUUUGUUGUUCUUGUUGGGACUACACGAAUAGAAUCUCUGUCUUUAAAACUGUUGUAAAUAUCUGUAUGCACUGUGCUAUUUAUUAAACUUAAUCCCAAGGCAGACGAUGAUUAUUUCGUAGUGCUAGGAAAAAGUGGUCACUACAGCACUUUAAUCGUUCAUUAUUUCAUUGUUUGAAAUAUGAGCCAUUGAAAUAUGAAUCAAUUUGUUGGCACAUAGCAGUGAAAGAUAUUAAUAAUAGUUCUGGUUUAAAAUAAAGAUGGAUUUUGGUUGUACAUAAAUUGGUGGUAUAGCAAGAGUUGACCAUUGUUUAAAUGAAAUGUUAAAACCUGGCUUUUCUUUAAAGAGUUAAAUGUAGCAAAAUGGGUUUACCUAGUUUCCUGUGGUCGCUGUAACAAAUUACCACAAACAUGCUGUCUUAAUAAAUUUGUAUUUCUCCUCUGAAA